AUGGUGCACUACGUGGACGUGCACCUGCCGUGGUCGCACUCCCUCUGCGCCUGCUGCCUCCCCCGCAUGCUCCGCCCCGCCCCGCCCGUCGCCUUCCAGAUCUCAGGCCUCGCCUCGCUGCGCAAGCACCUGCAGCAGCCAGUGUCGGCCUCAAUGCCGCCCUUCCGCUUCGGCCAUAAGCCCCCGCGCUUCAUCACCGCCUACUCCGCCACCGUUCCGCUUUCCGCUCCUCCGCUUCCAGGAGCUGCUGCUGCCAGUGCUGCUGCUGAAGAGCGCGCAGCAGCGCCGUCGGUGGUGCAGCAGUAUCGCAGAGCCACGUGUCGGCCUGCUACUGGACCUCCAGGAUCUCAGGCGCCAGCUGGCGGAUCUUCUGGGAUGCAUGAUAUAGCUGCUGCGCGUGCUGCCGCUGCCUUUGGGGCUAGAGGCACGAGAGCAGCAGGUAGCCCUCGCCUGUGGUGGUGCUGCUGGCUGUGCAGUGACUGCUGGACGCGCUACCGCCGUGCCGUGUCCAUCGCUGCUUUCACCGUGCUUGUCGCCAAGUUUCCCCGCUUUGUCACUCUUUGGCGAGCACCUAUGCGGUCUGCUAAUUUGAUCUUUCCCCGGCUGGCAUUUCAGUUCGGCGCGGGGCGGCACGCUGGGGGUGACUGCUUGGCAUCGCUGCUGCUGCAGGUGCUGGGAGUGAAGGGCAAGCAGCAGCUGGAGACCGGCUUUGCUGCCCACCUGCUGCCGCUGCUGCCGGGGGGGAGGGACGCGCAUGGGGAGGGGGGAGAGGGAGGUGAAAGUCGGGGGAGGGAGGGGGGAGAGGGGGAGGAGUGGAGGAAAGGGUGGAGGGGGGUGGAGUGGGAGGAGUAUGUGCAGCGUGUGGGGGAGAUUGCCGCCCAGGGAGGGCUAGCAGGCGAGCAGUACCGCUGCUGCUGCUCGCAAUGUGAGUUCGCCCUCAAGAGCGCUACUCUCUUCUGCCAGCCGCCAUUCGCCUGCGCUGCGGCUCUCAUCUUCUCCGACUGUGCUGGCAGCCGCCACAAGGAGAGGGUGGAAGACGCUGCUGUGGAGGAAGCACUUGACCAGCUGGUAGCGCGGGAGAGACGCACAGAGGGCAGUGGAGUGCAGGAUCGAGGGAAGAGAGCAAUGGAAUCAGACGCACCAGCAACAGAUCCUGCUGCUACUGCUGCUGGGUCUACAGCUGCGAGGAACGGGUCCAAUACUGCAAGCGGCACCGGCGCCAAGCUGGUGCUAGUGAACAGUAACAUGGUGGUGGCACUGUUCACGUACCGAGUAUCUCGCCUGCUGCAAUGGGUGCGAUUUUAUGGCCCCAGGGUCAACCCCGCCGAGGACUGCCGAUGCUUCAACCAACGGGGGUAUGCCACCGCGCUCCCGCAUCCACUUCAUGACCUACCGAACCUGCUGCAAAGGUUCGGUGUCGUGCCCAAGCUUCCGGCCACCACAGGCGAGGAAGGUCUGGCAAGGACGGUCUGGGAGGAGUUUCCAGAGGGGGACAGGGCGGCAAUGGCAGAAGAAGAGAACGACCCUGCGAGGAAGUUUUUCGGAUGCAGCACCUUCCACGUGGGGGCGUUUCGUGGCGGCGGCAGUGAGUUGGACAAGGAGGAGAUGCAGAAGGAGUACAACGUGAGGGAGUUCUACCCGCCCCUGGCCCACGUGGACUCCUUCACGGUUCGCUCUCAUCACCUCCCUGGCGGCAAGAUCACUGUGCAGGUCAACACAAGUGGUCCCGUCUUCCCCACGCUGGGCCAUCGCGUGGAGGAGUUUCUGAGAAGGUUCGCACCUGCAAGGCUGGCAAGGGAGGGCAGGAACGGCCCUCUGGCCAGGGCUAUCACCUCCUGGGCUGGGCGCUCAGGCCUCAGGGAUCACGCGUGGGCUGCUCUGGCUCUUGGGAAGUAUUCUCACGGAAGGAUAAAGCCCAUCCUAUGGUCCGAAGCUGAGGUGGAUGUGUCUAUAAAGUUGAUCUCAAACGCCAUUUCUCCCAUUCCUGCCUGCAGCCGCGGCCACCGCUGCAUUUGCAUGUACUACCUGGCUGUAAAUUACACCUCGCUCGUCGCCACCUUCGCCUACCGCCCCUCGUCCGCGCUGCUGCGCUGCCUCCUCUCGCUCUUCCCGGCCCGCUCGUCCCGCUUCAGAGAGCUCCUGGAGAAUCUGGGCGUGGCGCCCGUCCCGGCGGUGGUCCCGGACUCGCUGGUGGCGGCGCUGCUGGAAGGCGUGAUGGAGGAGCAUCGGCUGAUGCUGCUCUACAUGAGAACGCUGCUUCUCACUAAGGAAAAUGCCCUUCCGGCCAUUCUGGAACCCGUCAGCACCGAUGCGGGCGGGCAGGUGGAGGGGGAGAAGCAGCAGCAGCAGCAGCAGCAACAGCAGGGGGAGGAGGAGUGGAGGAUGUGGGAGGAGGUGGACAUCUGGCGCAUGGCGGCUGGAAAUGCGUGGCCUGCUAUGGAGGCCCACGACUCGCCGCUGCAGAUGAGAGCAGGUAAAAGGGUUGGGCGUGUGCAGGGGGAGGUGUCUGAGGAGUGCUGUGAGGGCAUGAGGCGUGCAAUUAAAGACGCUGGGAAGGGGCAGAAGGGGAGGACAGGGGCGUGGUACCUGGUGCCGUGGCCGGGGGGGUUGAAUCCUCUGGCGUGUUUGAGGGAGAUGCUGCUGGGGGAGACCAGCUACUGUCCCCAGGCCCACGUGGAUGCCGUUUCUGCUGCUGCUGCUGGCGGUGCUGCUGCUGCUGCUGCUGCUGGCCCUGGUGAGGGGCGCAGUGGCAAGGGAGGGCAGCGUGGGUGUGUGUCGGCACAGUGUGGCAGCGAGGGAGGGCCGUGA